AUGCGAUCUGUCUCGGGCGCUGUGGACAGGGCAAGCAUUCGCUGCGAGGGCAUGGAAGCCGGGCACGUUGAAAUAGACGACAUCAAUGCAGGCCAUGGCAGCGAGCAGAGGCAGCGGUGGAGCAGCGCUAUCCUUGCGCUCAUCUUGCGCUCGCGACACUACAGCUUCACCAUGACGAUUCCUGCUAGUAUGCCGCUGCUAGCUGUCAAGGAGCCGGGGCAGUCAUGCGGCCACGACCUGGCUGGUGGCGCUUUUGUGCACAGAUGGAGAUCCACCGCGCAGCGGACAGAUAGCAGUGCUGUGUUCUAUGUCCAACGCGCAUCCUCACGUUGA